CGGGUCAUCAUCCCUCUUCAUCCUGCGCGUUGAUCCAACUCAUCCUUUCUCUAAACCUCCGGCCUCAAACCCUCCGGUCUCAAACUCUCCAGACCUCUCCCUGAGCCAUGCGGGUGUUGCUGCUGCUGCUGGCCGUGCUGGUGACGGCUGUGAGCGGCGCCGACAAGAAGAAGCUCCAGAUCGGCAUCAAGAAGCGCGUGGACCACUGCCCCAUGAAGUCCCGCAAAGGAGACGUGCUCAACAUGCACUACACCGGGAAACUGGAGGACGGCACCGAGUUUGACAGCAGCAUCCCGCGGGACAGACCCUUCACCUUCACCCUGGGCACGGGGCAGGUGAUCAAGGGCUGGGACCAAGGGUUGCUGGGCAUGUGUGAGGGUGAGAAGAGGAAGCUGGUUAUCCCCUCAGAGCUGGGCUAUGGAGACAGAGGAGCGCCUCCGAAGAUCCCCGGAGGAGCUACUCUCAUCUUUGAGGUGGAGCUGCUGAGCAUCGAGAGAAGGGCCGAGCUCUGAGGCCAGACCAGAGGAUCGCGCACAUCCAUGACCUCUGAUCUCUGCUGCUGGACUCGAGCAGAUGACCUCCAAACAUCCUCACGCUCAUUAUGACAUAAUCAUUUACAAACACUGACACAUAUAACACACAUUCAUAAUCACAUGUCCACAUCAUGAUUUUUUUUUUUAUUCAUCAUAUUUUUUUUAAAUAAAUAC